AUGGACGACGACGACGAUCUUUUAGCGGCAGUGCAAAUACCAUCUGCAGAGAAGCUUAUGGCUGUAACGGACAGUAAAAACACAUCCAACGUGUCUGGAACGUCGAACAGCGGCGGCGGAUCGUCCAGUGGCACCAGCGGACCACCGGUCGUUGUGGCGAAGGUCAACAAAGGCAACUGCGUACUGGUCAACCCGAAACAACGAGGUAAUCCACUGCUUAAGGCGAUCCAGAUCAUUCCUUGGGAGUACGAUGACAUCGUGCCGGAUUACGUGGUUGGGGCGAGUUCGUGUGUGCUGUUCCUGUCCCUGCGCUAUCACACCCUGAACCCGGACUACAUCCACACCCGGCUGAAACAGCUGGGCAAGAUGUACGAGCUGCGAGUGCUGCUGGUACAAAUCGACGUUCCGGAGCCGCAGAACGCGCUGAAACAGCUCACUCGCAUCUGCCUGCUAGCCGACCUGACGCUCAUGUUGGCCUGGAACCCGGAGGAGGCCGGCCGCAUCGUGGAAAAAUACAAGCUGUUCGAAAACCGACCCCCCGAUUGGAUCAUGGAGCGGGCGGAGAAGCAUCCUCACGAGAGACUGAUCCGAGCGCUCACCACAAUUAAGCCAGUCAAUCAGACGGAUGCGAUGAUUUUGCUGCAAAAUUACGGCACACUCGGGAAGCUUAUCAACACGAACGAGGACAAGCUCAGCAUGUGCUCUGGGUUGGGGCCGAGGAAGGUGAAAAAAUUGCACAAAACGUUUAGCGAAAAUUUCCGCAAACAGAACUGAUGAAAAUGUCGUAGAUGGUUUACAAAUAUCGUUCGUUGAUCGAAGAAUCGUAUGUUGCACAGAUGAGGCAAAACAUGAUGAGGGAACAGGACAGCCCCAUGGUCGAUAAGAUCGAAAGCAUGUUAGCUUUUUGCAGCAUGAUCUCCUGUUAGUUUAGUCGCCUGGUACGAUCACAAAAUUCGUUCGACUGUGGUGGCAUUUUUUUUUCAAAGUAUGUUUGCGUAAAAUCUCCCCGCACACGAGCAGCGCUAGUGAUAAUAUUUAAAUAGAUUGUAGAAUAACCCGGUAGAGCAAGAUUGGUCAAAAAAUGUGCAGAAAGCCGUAAUAAAGGAAUAACAUUUUUUUCAUGGUUAUGAUAAAAUAUGGUUCAAUAGUACAAAAG